CCACUGACACGCUAGUAGUGGCAACCUGAGUAAAAUGAUCAUGUACAAUGACGAAUGUAGUGGCAAAGCUUAAGGUCAAUACAGCUUCUGGAGACUCUAGCAAGUUAGCACAACGAAAGCGGAAUUCAAUCUGACGUCUUCUAUCCCAGGAGAAGCUGAUAGGACAUAAGGCGAGAGAAGACGACAAAGAUGUUGCAACCAUUCGAAUUUAUUGCGAUAAGAACCGAUAUCAGAUCUGGGAAGACAAAUACAAAACUUCCAAGAAAAUCUACGACCCGGACAACAGUGUAGUAUGGCUGUGGAGCUAGCGAGUAACUCCGUGCAAUGACCCCAAGUCGAAGAACGCCGAGGCAUACACACUCUCAGGCAAUAAGCGGGAGCCUAAAGAAACGUACUCCUUUAUCCAAUUCUGCAAAGAGUACAUCCAGAAGGUUGGCUUCAUGACACCGCGAAAUUGCCUUGGGGUGCUUCUAGGUGGCAACUUCAACGAACCUAUGAACGGAUUUGUGAAAAGGGAGUUUGGAAGAAAAGUGAUCCGGGCGAAGAAGGAAAGAGAAGAACAAUUAAAGAAAGAUGGAAGGGCGGGGAUUGACCUAUUCGCAUUACCCGUCGCAACUUUUCUUCAUGAGAUUAUGCACACAUAUUUGUUUGAUUUCAGCGAUCCCGAGGACACGGCGUACGUUUCCUGGUCAGAAGUCAGGAAGUUCAAGGAUGACUUGACUGUCUGCCACGUUAAUCCCGAAAGUUUCUCUUACUUAGGCCUUGGUGCCCAGCUCAUUGCAUUAGGGAACAAGAUUACUGAGGAUGGAGAUGUUGUAACAGCGGAAUGAGGCUACCGCACUGUUUCAUUGUCACGUCACGCCUCUCAGUACAUCGUAUACAAGGAUCAAGGGUGGCUAUAUUUGGAUCUCCAAAAGAACGUUCCUAUCAAUUACUUGAGUACAGUACCACAUGCAAUAUCACGUGAAGGCCAGACUAGGGACUAAUGGCUCACUUCUACCGAUUCCGAAGGAAUCC